UAAUGUAGCCAGUUCAGUUAAAAAGAACACACCAUAUAUGUCUGUCCCGUAAAUGUUGCCACGCUUCCUCUUGCACGGCACGGGCCGGUCUUUCUGUACGAGUCUCUGGAUUGAAGAGACGAAAGGAAGGACCUCCUGAUCGCCGUAGUAGAGGUGGAGGGGGAGGAAAGAAGGAGCAUUCGUCGCGGAUCAACUUUGUCGUCGUAAUCGCUGGGAAAAAAAAAUGGCACAUCGUGCGUCUUGUCACUGGUCGACGACGUCGCCGCAAGGGUGGUGCGUUUCUACCGCGGGGAGACAAGGCGACGAGAAGACGCGGUGUUUCGACCGGUCGACGAAGAGCCGUCAAGAAGCGGCACCGUCGACACGUUAAGAUCAGCACACCGGAGCGCAGCCGCAACUUGAGCCCGCAGGCGAAAGAGAGUCGAAAAACUAGGCGAGCCUAGUUGACAUAACACCUUGACACAGUGACCGGUUGGUUGGCGGGCCGUGCUCGACAUAAACAAUCACCAUGGCGAAGGAGAUGAUGAUAGUAUUCGUUUACGACACUGCCAAGUGUUGUAAAGAGGAGGAUGACCCUGCCGAGGCGGUCAUGUACUUUCAUCCGGCCUGGGUGUCCCUGACGCAGAGGUUGGCCCUGGCAGGGCAGUUGAUGGGUGUGUAUCACUUCCUGUCGACGUCGUUCUCAGCUCCACGCUCCAUCACAUUGCAAGGUGGCAAGUUUGUGCUGGUGAAGCUCGGCCAAUACAUACUGGCGGUGGGGACCGACAGAAACAUACAAGACUGGAUACUCGAGAGACGCGCGGACAUACUGGAGUCGUUGUUGAAGUUUUUCCACUGUGAUCUCGUCAAGAUACUAGAAUCAUUCAACAAUGACCGGAACAGGUUCACCGAGAAACUGUAUCAGAUGUUUGAGACCUACCUGCCAAUUUUGCAAUACAGUGCCAAUUUAUUUUCGAACAUUCCCGUUAUUAAACUCCCGAAGAGCGCCAGCAACAUAUUUUUGGAGGCGAUCCAAAUGCUGCAACACUUUCAAGAGACAAAUGGCAUUUUGGGUGGAGCAUUGUUCUACAAUAAUAAAAUAGUUGCCACGCAGCUGGGCGCAGACUUAACGAAGCAGAUUGUCAUUACCGACCCUUACAGGAUAAAGGCUCCCGCAGAGAAGGUACCUACGGAAUUCCAUUUGCCAGUCGGUGUCCAGUUGCUGCAAGUGUACAUAGAACGGAAGCAGCUCGAGAAACUGGUGCAAGAAGCGAACAACGAACGUUAUUAUCACUCGUACUUGGACACCGCGAUGAGGAGGAUUCCUCAACAGAGGAAGAACACAGUGCUGCAGAAGGGAAGCAGCGCCAAGGAGCCGCCCGUCAGCGGCGCGUCUUCCGGCAUGAAGCGGGACACGUCGCGGAUCUUCACGGUGCUCGAGGAGGGCGAAGAGGGCGAGUCGGCGAAUUACAACGACAGCGAGCUGGCGAAGUCGCAGUACACACCGUCGGUGCCUCCUCCGGUGAGCUACGAUUCGCCACCGCCGGUCAGACGCAAGCAACAGGAGGCCAAGCAAGAGCGCGUGACCAUGAAGACCGCCGUUAGUGCUACCGCGAGCUCGCUCACGCCUAGCGUGUGCGCGACGCCGUUGAAGGACGUCAACCGGGUGCUGCACGACAUGGCCGUGCUCAUAUGCGGCGCGCCGGACGAGGACGAGAACGGCGAAGAGAGGAAGGAGAGCGAUCGGAGCGAACGCAAGACGUCGACGAGUUCGUCGAAGAACCACGACGACGACGACAUUCCUGACGUCGUCAAGGAGGCACUCAGAUGUAAACGCCUGAACAAGCUGAGGAACGCCACUUCGAAGGAAAGGCUGAUGAAGAGGAAGGAUUUCGACAGAAGGAGCGCCAGUUUGCCAGACUUGACGGCGGUCGACCCCUGCUCAGGCAGCUCUUCCAGAAUUUGCCUGCCGGAACUGAGCAAAACGUUAUCCAAAUUCGAUGAAGUUUCUCCGGACCGGAAGUCGGAUUCACUACACCGGAAGCCGCACGGCAACGAAGGCGACCGGCGGCACUCGCGCACCAUCACCGAUCCUUGCUUCCCCGUGUUUCGGUACGACGGCCUGCCGGUCUCGCAAUCCUUGUACGAACAGUAUGUCGCCUCCCGUUACGACUAUGAGCUACGCGACGAUGACAGCGGCGGCGGCGGCAACGUCUACGAACGUCGCAACAAUAAGUUGUCUGAAGAGCAGUUUGGUUGGGGAAAAUUGGCGAACGACUUGACGAAUGCAACAUCGCCAGGCACGGGCAACGGUCCGGCGACGACGAAUCCUCGCGAGGUAUGCACGCCCGAGGAUGGAUGCGCCUACGGCCUCAACAGAAGUCAGCAGCAGCAAUCCCUCGCCAGCAAGAGCAACCGAAGGUCGAUGAGGUUGCCGCUGAAGCCGAUAAGUCUAACGAACGAGGAGGAUCAUUGGGGAACGUGCAGUGGUUCGAAAUCGUGCAACUUGACGUAUCUACGGAAGGAUGGAUUGGACGGUCUGCAACUUACCCCAUUGAUAUCGAAGCUCAGCGUACUUGCGCACGAACAACGUUGCUGGGGCCCUCGGGACAAUACGCCAAACGAGAGCCGGCCGGACGCGACGGCCUGUGCAACCUUUGCCGGAAUUGCGCCUGCCACAGCUUACAACCUAACGGAACACCAAGUGGAGCAGCAGCAGCAGCGUCCAACAAAGCAGCAGUACCAAGUGGAGCAGCAGCAGCAGCGUCCAACAAAGCAGCAGUACCAAGUGGAGCAGCAAGCGGAGCAGCAACGCCAAGUAGCAGAGCAACAGCAGCACCUACUGGAGCAACAGCAUGUAACGGGACAGCAGUUAACAGGCCAGCAGCAUCAUCUAACGGGGCAGCAGCUAACAAGACAACAGCAGCAUCUGCUGGAACAGCAUCAUCUGACGGGACAGCAACAAACGACGGGACAACAGUAUCUGAUGGGACAGCAGCCGCAGCAAAUGACGGAGCGAGAGUUCGAGAGGAUUACAAGUCGGAUCAGCAAGGACGCGGGCAACAGCAACGACGACGAAACGAGCAACGACCGUUCAACGGGCCACGUGGACGAAAGAAAUUCAUGCGGUCAGUCCGCGAGUUUGAUCCAGACGGAGCUCUUCGUUUGUGGCCAGCAGAACAUAGUGCUGGUAUUGCUAAUGGAGAACGGUACUGCGAACAACCCCGAGCUAAUACACGCCCUCUGGCAAACCUGCGUGAGCACCCUAGGGAAGCUCGAAACGCGGCUACAGCAGUGCCUGGAGCCGCUGCCGUCUACAGACCACAAAGAACAGUACAGCAUCCUGAACGUGGACCCUCAGUGGGACACCAUCCAGAGAGCAGGUUUGUGGGGAAUCACCGAUCUAGAUAUCGUUUCCAGUCUUCACGACAGAUUCCUGCGUUCCCGUCGCCAAAAGAAUGGAUCGCAAUACUUAACGGAAUUAAUAAUCAGGAAGGAGGACUCGGUGAUUUACGGCAACCAGUGCGGGAGGAUGGAGGUGUUCUACCAGCAGACGGUGUCGCCGAGCAGCUUCGGGUCACUGCCAACUCCAGCGGACCUGAUGGGAAUAGUAGCCCUCAAAGCGAAACGUAGAUUGGAGAGAGAUCACGGAAUUGUACUGCUCUAAACGGAAUUGCAUAUCACUUGCGGUCGCAGUGAAGUGUGCACAGCGCCGCGAGGAUUGUUUUUUUAACCCUCGUGUGAUGGCGACAAGGGAGGGGAGAUAUUUCGCACGCUGGAGAAUUGAUUCGCGGAGAAUGUAAAUCGUACAGUUAUAUCCGCCGACAAGGUGUACUUCGCUGCUGAAUAAGGUAGUUAAUAACGAUAGUGUGUCCGUGUGUAUCUUUCUCGAUGUGUGAUUCACGACUGGGGAAAUUGGAGAAUACGAUUUUUCGAAAAUUCAAUUUGGAGAUGUAACUUUCUUUCCUUUAUUUUUCCUUGAUUUCUUCGAGUGUAAACUUCAUGACGACAAUACGAUGCGUCGUAACUGCAUGAGCGUGCGCCGCUGUUUUCCUGCGUAAGAGGAAAAUUUACGAUCUCAUAUUCGGUGACGGUGUGUGCUUUUUAUCACCGAACGAAACGAAAUACCGCGGAAAAGAAAUUACACGUGUAUGUAAUCAUCAUCACACGAGGGUUAAUCAACUUCUCCAUUCGAUACGUUGACGCAUGAUACGUUUAUGUUUUUUUUCUUCCCGGGUUUAGAAUACAUACCGUUUUUGUACAUAUUUUUCCACGCUUGCAGACUUAAGUGCAUCGAUUAAGUGCGAAUUGUCCGGCAUAUAUUGCGAGCUUGGCGAGGAAGUUCGUUCGACCGUGUCGAGAUGAUAAUUUUAAUGACCACGGUAAGGGGAGGAUACGCGGCAAAAAAAAAAACGGUUUUUCUACAUAUGUAUUUUUGUAAACACAGGAUAAAUUCGCAGGAAAAUUGGCCACGAUCGUGAACAAGAGCUUUUAUAUGUCGCCGAAGGGAGUCCCGGACGGCGCACUCCAUGGCAGGUUUUACUUUUUAUGUGAGCGCGACGAGCGCUCGUCCGGGGGGUGCGCAGUAACUUUAACAGCGCGUUUCUAUCCGUCUCGAGGAAUUUUCUACGAUUACAGCUGAUCGUCGACAUCUCGAGUCAACGUGUCCCCUCAUACAUAUGUAUCCCCCGUCGUUUCCCAUCGCGUAGAAUAGGCAUCGCAGCUUACAAUUUACUUUGUAUUGCGCAAGGUGUCCCAGAAUCGGGACGAGGAGUGGAUACGCGCACGGCCUCGUCUUCCUCUCGAGAUUCCAACGCCAUCUCGAAUCUCGGACGUUUCUCUCGGGGAAGUUUGUCGUCUGGCGCCGAUGGUUCCCUCGCAAUCCUGCGAAUCGAAAACGAAGCGUUCUGGAAGCGUUAUUCGUAACACGAUCUCUCAUCGAUCCAGAUUCUAUCCAAGGGUUCGGUCAGUGGGAUUCAUUGAACAUUGUAAUUCGAGGGGAACCGUCGAGAAACGAUGAUGAUGUCUGUUCGUCUUGUUAGGGGGGAAAAAAACAUACGAGAAAAGAGAACGAGAUAAAGGUGAGAUCGCGUCGGGUCUCGCGAGAAUCGCGAGUCAUGUCCAGUUACUGUCCACUGUCUGCUCCAAUUGUCGGACACCCUGUAUAUAGUAGAGUCGAUUAUUCCUUGUACAUAUGUGUGCGUGUGUGUGUAUGUGUGUGUCCGUGCGCGUGUGUGCAUAAUGAGUCAAUUUUUCGUAAUUUAUUGCUUGCGUUUCAACGGAGCGGACGCUUCCGCGGGUUGCUUCGGCUGCUGUUUUAUCAGAGCGACGCUGGCGGCAGCUGAGCGAGAGAGAACCGAAUGUUCAACGGGCUACGAGAAAUCCUCGAGGAACGCGAGCAAGGACGCGAUUCCCAGUGCGGAAUUAAGUCGAGAUGCGAUUAUCAUUUACCUGGUUUUCUUCGUACGGUAGCUUCGUCGUCGAAACGAAAAGACCGACCGUUCUUCCCGCCAGUUCGGACACCUGCGUUCAACAUCGUCGUUCAAUUGAUCCCGCCAAAUUGAUCCCGAAUCAUCUCGACUCACUUUCGCAACGAAGGGAUUCCUUCGUACCGCGCUCGCGGCUCUGGAAUUUUCGCGGCCCGGCGAGUAUUCGCGCGCAUGCGCGCGCGCGAGAAUCAGUAUUCCACGAUAUGUCCGUGUUAAAACGCGCCGCUGCGUCCAAUAUUUACUAGUCGUCCGGAUUGCUGCUUUCGUAGAAGCAGAGAAGAAACGAAUAGCGCAUCGAUCGAAUAAUGAUAAUAUCGAAUAAUUGUCGGGGCACGCGACAAUCGUAUCGUCGGUGGCCGGUCGUCGAUUUCCGCGUGAAAUACUUUGCCGCGCGCGACGUCGGGCGCGUGCUCGGCGCUUUAAAUCCGUUCUUCGCCGCGUCGCGACAUAAAUCUUACUCUUAAAAUGAAAAAAAAUGUCGACGAGCUCGCGCAAAAGUCACUCGCGCGGGAGACGAGUUUUGUUGUCUUCUUUUUCCUCCUCCUCUUUUUGUUUUCUUCUUUUUCUCCCUUUCUCACUGUUUUUAUCGUAGCAACGACGAUACGCGAACUGCAACUGCUUAUGUAAAUACAUACACACAUAUAUAUAUAUAUAUACAUAUAUAUACACACACACACACAUAUAUAUAUAUAUAUAUAUAUAUAUACAUUUAUAUAUUGCACGGAUUUCGGGGCUUUCUGGCGGGCGAGACCAAAUCGCGCGCGAUACGUUAUCGCGCGCGAUACGUUAUCGCGCUCGUUCCGCCGGGAUGAUCUUUUUUGGCAUUUUGCUUUCCGUAGAUCCUUCUGGGCUUUCGUUCGAGAGACGAAGUGUAAUAAAACGAUUCGUUGCUUUUCGAAUA